AUGAGCUGGUGGAAUCUCUUCAAGAUAAUAGGAAGGAAUAUCCGAAAUGAUUUAGUAGCCAAUAUCUUCGAGCGGUUUCCGUUACUACUAAUUAUAAAUCCUGAUUCGUUUCAACCACCGUUCACAAAUGGAUUCGACGAGUAUUUUAAUGUAACCUCCCCGUCAAUAAUGAACAACCAAUACUCCGAUGUGAUAGUCGUGAAUUAUAUGAUUGUGACUCUCUCGAUCUUGUUGGCUGGCCUAGAUAUCGUCUAUAGUAUCAUCCGACUAUCUAUUUCGACAAUGAUUGUGGGCUUGUUCUUGGGAUCAAUGUUGUUUUUCUCCGUAUGGUUCCUAGUUACGGCGUCAAGACGAUGGAAAGUAUUAGUGUUGAUGUUUCAGAAUAAUGAGUUUUCAGGGGUGUGGUAA